AUUGCGCCGGCUGCGCGGGGCCGCUGGCUGCACACCCUGGGAGGCUCGGGCGGGGGAGCAAGCAGAGUCUGCGCCCGGCGCCCGGGACGGGGAGGAGUCGGACCUUCUCUGCAGCCGCUUUCUGCGCCCGGCCGGUGGUUGAGAGUCCGCGUGCCGAUGCAGGGGACACGGAUUCGUGCCCUGGUCUGGGGAAGAUCCCACAUGCCGCGGAGCGGCUGGGCCCGUGAGCCAUGGCCGCUGAGCCUGCGCGUCCGGAGCCUGUGCUCGGCAACGGGAGAGGCCACAACAGUGAAAGGCCCGCGUACAGGGAAAAAAAAAAACUUCGACUGUGGCUUAGUCAUUCUUUGUAUACCAUGGCUAUUAGCAAAAGAUGGUGGAUCGCUUGGCAAACAGUGAAGCAAAUACUAGACGUAUAAAUAUAGUAGAAAACUGUUUUGGAGCAGCUGGUCAACCCUUAACUAUACCUGGACGGGUUCUUAUUGGAGAAGGAGUAUUGACUAAGUUGUGCAGAAAAAAGCCUAAAGCAAGGCAGUUUUUCUUAUUUAAUGAUAUUCUUGUAUAUGGCAAUAUUGUCAUCCAGAAGAAAAAAUAUAACAAACAACAUAUUAUUCCCCUGGAAAAUGUCACAAUUGAUUCUAUCAAAGAUGAGGGAGACUUGAGGAAUGGAUGGCUGAUCAAGACACCAACUAAAUCGUUUGCAGUUUAUGCUGCCACUGCCACUGAGAAAUCAGAAUGGAUGAAUCACAUAAAUAAAUGUGUUACUGAUUUACUCUCCAAAAGUGGGAAGACACCCAGUAAUGAACAUGCUGCUGUCUGGGUUCCUGACUCUGAGGCAACUGUAUGUAUGCGUUGUCAGAAAGCAAAAUUCACACCUGUUAAUCGUCGUCACCACUGCCGCAAAUGUGGUUUUGUUGUCUGUGGGCCCUGCUCUGAAAAGAGAUUUCUUCUUCCCAGCCAGUCCUCUAAACCUGUGAGGAUUUGUGACUUCUGCUAUGACCUGCUUUCUACUGGGGACAUGGCCACGUGCCAGCCUACUAGAUCGGACUCUUAUAGUCAGUCAUUGAAGUCUACUUUAAAUGAUGUAUCUGACGAUGAUGACGAUGAUGAUAGCAGUGACUAAAGGCGUAUUUUGAAAUAUUUAAUCAGAUGUGACUAUCUGAGAAAUCAGCUCUGGGGGGAAUGUAAAAUCCUGAGCUUUCUGUCAGUUUUGCUCUAGCCAUGAAUUUGCCUGAGAAACUUAUAACCUAUGUGCCUCAAUAUAUUCUAUAGAAAAUAGGUCCUGUUACCAUCCCCCAGCCCCAACUGCUGCUGCCACUCUCUCCUCACCUCCCCCAGCUCCCUAUUCUUCUACAGGGAUAGACUGUUGCGAAUAUAUCAGAUAAAGUUUUGGUUUCUUAUUCUUGUUUUAAUUCUAGACUAUUUUCUUGAAUGGUUGGGAAAAGACGUUUAUUUAACAUGUAAUACACUGUUGUUUAUUAUAUGUUCUGUUAUAUGGAAAAACUAAAAGCAAAGAAUGAUGGAAAAAGGAGUGUGAUGUGGUCAGUUAAUAAUGUUAUUAGCUUUUUUCUAACCUUCCUAUCUAAAGGUUAAGAUACCAGUAACAGAAAUACAUGCUUUGGAAAUACUUUGUUUGGCUUUUUCAUAUACCAGGUGGUGCCUUAUCAUAAUAGCACUGUUGCAUGUAAUAAGCCCCUACCUUCUCACUUUUUAGUUUGUUUUAAAAAUACACUGGUGCUCUUUGAGGUGUAAAAUGAAUGUUAUAAAUGGGUGUAAUUAGAAAAUACUUCUCAUUUGACAGCUACAAAUAACUAAAUUUAGAGGUUCUUUAUUCUAUAUGAAUAUUUUUCCAUAAAUAGUUGUGAUUAUUGUAUAUUUUUACUUUUUGUAGGUAUCAAAUUAUAGUUGUCAUUCUGGGGAAUUUGGUUUGAAAUUUAUCAAAUACAAAUUGUCAUUGCAUUAUUGCUACUUUUAGUAAGACAUAUUUUUAGGUAUAAAUUCAUCUGCUUUAACAUUGUUUCUAGAAUGAAAAAUCUUAUACAACUUCUUGAAAUGAAACAAUCUCUUAAAAAAAACCUCAUGCGAGAGCACAGAUCUCCUUAGGUUGAAGAUUUGGAAGAAAUAAUGUAUGAGAAUGGUCAAGAGAGACCAGUUAAGUUUGACUAGACUUCAUAUCUGUGGAAGUAUUUUCUCUUUCAGUGUGAAACUAUCUUGAAUUUACAAAUAUAGUGUUAUAUUUUAUAAAGUUUUGUAAAGUCCCAAACAAUAUUUCUAUUUUUGUAAAACAGUUGUAUGUUUAAUCUGUUUCUGAAAUCAUUUUGCAAUCUAUGGAAAUAGAGUAGCAAUUGGUCUUUCUAAAUUGUGAACUUUAUUGAGUCAGUCUAGACUGCUUUUAAGAAGAGGUAAUUUUUCACUCUUUGCUUUUGAGGCAGCCAUUAGGUUGAAAGUAUAUUUAUCAUAUAAAACUUGAUGCAUUUUGCACUACUCUCUCCAUUUGUAUGCUGCAAAUAACUGUAGUCUUUCAAAUAUGAAAAAUCAGUCUGAAGUUUGUUUUAAAUUCUAAAUUCUUUUGUUUUAAAAUCUUUAAAUCUGGAUAUAUUGCAAAUGUCAUGAGAGGUUUGAUUUAAUAACUUGUGAUGGAGGAUUCUUUGGUUUGGUUAAGGCACUAACUUUACUUUUAAGUUGUGAAAGCACCUGAGAUAUAUAGAUCUCCCUGUAGGAAAUGUGAAAGAAAGGCACAACAGGUUUUUUUUUGUUUUGUUUUAAUAUCAUGUGGACUUUUGUUUCUAAGCAAUAUUUACAUAUAAUCAAUAAACAUAUCCAAAAAGGACCGUGAAAUCUGAGAAGUGCUAAUGGAGACUUGCUCAUACAUAGGAACCUAGCAAAUUCAGGAACCAGGGGGAAAUGUUCUGAGAUAACAUUUAUGUUGUCAACCUCUAUUGACUCUGUUUUUACAAUAAAAAAUAUUUUACAACUUA